AUGUUACCUACCAAUCCCAAGAUUUCAAGAUCUUACUUACAAGAUGUUUCACUAGGGAUACCACCGAAAACUACUUCAAUAAUUCAACCACUAGAUGUUUAUUUUAAUCGACAAUGCAAGAUGAUUCUACGACGCGUCUUCAACCAUGUACGACUCGACGAUAUCCAUAUUAAUUUGGCCGAACGUAACAAUGUAAUUAAAUUACAUUCACUUGUGCAUUCACAAAUGAAAUCAAAAGCUUUCGAAUCAAUGAUUAAAUACGUGUGGUACAGGAGUGGAUAUUUAAAAACUGAUCCCGACCCAUUUCAAAACGUGAAAGACGUUUGCUUUACAUUUGAAAAAGAUAAAUGUUGCGUGGAAGAAUGCAUAAACGGUCAAAUAAUUCGUUGUUCGUAG